GAGCAGGCAGCAUGGAGCCCGCGGACUCGCGGCCGGCGCUCGGCCGCCUGGUGGAGGCGGUGCUGGCGAGCCGCGGCCAGGCCAACGCCGUAUUCGACAUCCUGGCCGUGCUGCAGGCCGAGGACCAGGGGGACGUUGAGGACGCCGUCCGCGCGUGCAGCCGCCUGUUCGGGGCCUUGCUGGAGCGGGGGGAGCUGUUCGUGGGCCCGCUGCCCCCCGAGGACACGCUGCUCGCAGGGGCCCAGGGAGCCAAGGCGGCCACGCGCACGUACAAGGUGUGGAUGCGGCACCGCUACUGCAGCUGCUGCCGCCGUCUGCGGGAGCUCCUGGGCAACCGGUCCUUUCAGGUCCAGGAGCUGGCCCUGGGCACACUCAUGAAGUUCAUCCAGCUGGAAGGGCUACAUCCCCUGGAGAGGCCCAAGUGGGAGGGAAACUAUUUGUUCCCCCGGGAACUCUUCAAGUCGGUGGUGGCAGGCCUUCUCGCACCCGAGGACGACCGUAGCCUGCUCCUCUCAUGCUUCCGGGAGUAUCUGGAAUACGACGACAUCCGCUACCACACGAUGCAAGCAGCCGCUGACACCGUGGCUCGUGUGACUGACCAGCACCUGGAGGUGCCCCCUAGUUUCUGGGAGAAUACCUUCACGCUGCUGUCAGCCGUGAGCCUGCCCUGCCAAGAGCGUGACAUCUGCAACUUCUACGUGAAGCGAGAAGAGUCUUCUGACAAGUGGAAAGUGGCUCACCUCAAGGAGCACAGGAAGGCAUUCCAGGUCAUGUGGCUUGGCUUCCUCAAGCACAAGCUGCCCCUCGGCCUCUACAAGAAGGUGCUGGUGCUCAUGCAUGACCAUAUCCUGCCCCACCUGGCCCAACCCACCCUCAUGCUCGACUUCCUCACCAGCGCCUACGACGUCGGGGGUGCUGUCAGUCUCCUGGCCUUGAACGGGCUCUUCGUCCUGAUGCACAAACAUAACCUGGAGUACCCUGACUUCUACCGGAAGCUCUACAGCCUCCUGGAGCCCUCCAUCUUCCAUGUCAAGUACCGAGCCCGUUUCUUCCACCUGGUUGACCUCUUCUUGUCCUCCUCCCACCUGCCCGCCUACCUGGUAGCUGCCUUUGCCAAACGCCUGUCUCACCUGGCCGUGACUGCGCCUCCUGAAGCCUUGCUGAUGGUGCUGCCCUUCAUCUGCAACCUGCUGCGCAGACACCCAGCCUGCCGCGUCCUGGUGCACUGUCCUCGCGGCCCGGAGCUGGACACAGAUCCCUAUGACCCCAAGGAGGAGGACCCAGCCAAGAGCCGAGCACUGGAGAGCUCUCUCUGGGAGCUGCAGGCUCUCCAGCAGCACUACCACCCAGAGGUGUCCAGAGCUGCCCGUGCCAUCAAUCAGGAGCUGUCCGUCCCAGAGGUCAGCAUUGCUCCACUCCUGGAACUCACGGCUUACGAGAUCUUCGAGAGCGACCUGAAGAAGGAGGAGCCAGUGCCACUGCCAUUGGAGUUCGUGCCAGCCCAGGGCCUGCUAGGCCGGCCCGACAGCCUCUGUGCCCAGCUGUUUGCACUCAGCUGACCCUGGCCAUCUCUUGCCUGAAUAAACACUUCUGUAGACAA